AUGGUACCGAUAGUGGUGAUGGCUUACGGGGAACGUUACUCAAUUCUCCGUCAAUUGGAACAGAUGAAACCUACCGUGAUUAUUCUCUACAACACGGAUAUCACCACAUUGAGGCAUAUUGAGAUCUACAAAGCAUGUCACUCCGAGCUGUUCCUCCAGAUUUUCUCACUCAUGUACAGGGAGUCGACUGAAGAGUCACGCUAUCUGACGGCGCUCAAGAAUGAGACGGAUGCGUUCGAAUCACUAUUCAAGGAAAAAGCGACUCUACUUAUUCCUCGACGAUACGAGACUGAACGUGAAGAAGUGCCUCGUUUAGAACUUUCAACCCGUGAUGGUGGAGGGCAAAUGCCAGAUCCCGAUGAAAGGCCUAAGGUUAUUGUCGAUAUGCGUGAAUUUAACAGCGAACUACCGACAGUGUUGUACAAAAAAGGAUACGAUGUAGUUGCUGUGGGUGACUAUGUUCUUUCGCCAGGAAUAGCCGUUGAAAGAAAAGCGCUUGACGAUCUGACUCAGUCUCUGCAGUCGGGACGAGUUUUCAAGCAAUCUGAGCAGAUGUUGCGGCAUUAUGCGAAUUCGGUAUUACUCAUCGAAUCCAAUCAUAAAUUCGAGUCCAAAAUUGUCAACGGCGGCCCAUUCCAGGGUGAGCUUACUCGACAUUGUCGUGAAGUACGUGCCUUGUUGUGCUCGUUGUUGAGGGCGACACCACGUCUGAAGAUCAUUUGGUCACUGUCGCCGAUCAACUCGGCAGAAUACUUCACUGAACUCAAAGUGAGCCGACUUUCCUUGUUUUUAUCCCAGGGCUGUACCAUCCGUUUUUAG